UUAAGCUGCUCACGGUCGGUGAUUAACGGACAGGUCAGAGGCAGUCGGAUCCUGUUCGUCAUUCUUCAGUGAGGACCGUCGCUCAGCGGACGUUUGAGAGGACAGCGGGGACUCCCGGUUAGAGAACACCGACACCGAUCCGUAAAUGCUGCCGGACAAGACGAUGAUGUCCCCGUGGGACCGCUGGUACUCCGCCAGCUGCUGCCUGUGCUGCCAUGUCCGCACAGGAACCAUCAUCCUGGGGGUCUGGUACAUGCUCAUCAAUGCUGUGGUGUUGCUCAUCCUGCUCACAGCGCUCAGUGAUCCUGAGCAGUACCACCUGACCAGCGCCGAGUUGGCUAAUGACCUGGAUGUCAUGGAUGAUGCCAACAUGUGCAUUGCCUCAGCGAUCUCUCUGCUGAUGAUUCUCAUAUGUGGGAUGGCAACAUAUGGUGCAUACAAGCUGCGUGCUGCCUGGAUCAUCCCCUUUUUCUGCUACCAAAUAUUCGACUUUGCUCUCAACACCCUGGUGGCUGUUAGCAUUGUAGUUUACCCCAACACAAUACAGGACUACCUGCAGCAACUGCCUGAAAACUUCCCCUACAGAGAGGAGGUCGCUGCUCUCAGUAACGUGUGCUUGGUCCUCAUUGUGCUGCUCUUCAUCGGCUGUAUUCUUGCCUUCAAGGCCUACCUGAUAGCCUGCGUGUGGAACUGCUACAGAUAUGUGAGCGGUCACAGUGGUUCUGAAAUCCUGCUCUAUGUUACAACCAAUGACACCACGGUGCUGCUGCCUCCGUAUGAUGACAGUGUCAGUGUCCUUCCUAAGCAGGCCCCUCCGCCCUACACUACUGCGACAGCCUGAAAACACUCCCAGGAUCAUCCUCACUGGACCCUGCUGUUAAUAUGACCCCAGCAAACUUUAUGCACCACACUGCCUCUCCAGUGUACAGUAUAUCCAUGGAUAUAUUGUAGCUAAACACACAUUACAGUACACCCAUGCAUGCACAUGUACAUAAGCACUGAGCACACAUGCACACACACCAGUAUCACCACCGUGACCUCUCAUCCCUUCCUGCUGAAGUCCUGUUUCUCCUGUAGCUCUUCUUCUGUCUCUCAUAGUAUCCAGACAUGAUGUGCAUUUUAAUGCAUUUGAAUCUGGGCGAAAGCACUAGAAAGUUUGAUAGAUGAUCUAUAUUUUUUAUGAACUGUCUUUAUGCUGUCUGUGUAUCUGUAAUAGUAUUCUGUGAGCCCUACCUUUGAUAGAUCUAUUUAUCUUAUGCACAAAUGCAAACCAAUGAGUGAAGAGUCAUCUAGUGUUACCUGUUUGUCUUGUCUCUGCUCAUGAUCAGGGUUGGAUUGCCUUCAUUCAUAACUUUCUCUCUGACCGGGAGCACUUUAUAGACCCAUGUGUGAAGUGUCACCUUGACUGGAAGUUUCCCAAAGAAAUGCAUCUGCCUGUAUUCUGACAUGAUCAAAGAGCAACCUAGUCUAUAUCGAACAUAUCACCUUGUUUUACUGUUUUAUUCAACUGCAGACAGAACUGUCUUGUAUCAGGAGUGUUGAAUUGUGCUGACUGGCUAUUUAUAACUUUUAAAUGUAAUUGUGUGUUUCUACUGAUUGACGAGAAAUGUCUCGGGCUGCUAUUUAUCUAUUUUGACAGCACAGAAGAAGCACUGAUCUGGAAUCAGUUUGCUCUUUGAGGAAACUAUGAAUGAGUUGCUCGAGGAGAACCUGGAGCUUAAUAAAUAUGGACCCUGGUUGUGUUUUUUCAAUUAAACCAAUGGGAGCUUCUGCUCUGUGUAAACACUGUACGAGUUCGUUCCACCAGAUGCAGUAAUUGGCAAGCUGCUCCCUGGACACAAAAUGUCCUGCAAGGACACGGAAGUCAAACCUGAGGACCACUGCUGUAUGAAAAAUAAAGAUGUGACAUUUAUUUGCCUAUUAAAAAUACAUUUCAGCGGUA